AUGACGACGAAGCAGGCCUGCACAAUCUCGCAUGCCCAAAUUGUAGAGGCUGAAGCAGAGGCUGUCUAUGUCACGGGGCCGACCACGGAGCUGGAAAUAGCUCCGCAAGAGGUUCGCGUGGUGGAGGAUGGGCUCUACAUUACAUGGAUCUACAUGGCUCUACGACUCUACGAUCUUCUUGGACCAAGCCUCGUGCUUGAGAAUCUCGUUCCCGGAGAACUGACGCAGCACAUCGUGGAGGUGCCUACCAUUCAGGAGGUCAUCACAGAGCAGGCAGCAGCAGAUGCAAGUUUGUUGGAGAGGACCUGCCUCAUCUCUGCUUCCGAAGACGUGUACGACGGGCAGCUUGUUGACUUGCCAGGCCCCUGUGUUGACGCAGACGACGCCAGUUGUGGCGCCAAUUACAAGGCCAGCGAUCCAGGCUCCACCAAUCUUCGUGAGGGUAGCGGAUCCGGCCAUGCUCUCAGCAAUGCCACGCCUCGCCUCAACGAGGUCUUCCUGGACCCCGUUCCCUACAGGGAGGGUCCCAAACCGGGUCAGCGAGUCGUGGAGAAGCCCGUCAUCAUCCCCAAGGAGAGGACCGUGCACCAGCCGGUGGAAGAGGUGGUGGAGGUGCCGGUUCCAGUUGUUCAGGAGGAGAUUGUGCAGGUGCCGAAGAUCAUCACAAAGACACGACAAAAGCAGGUAGCUGUGGAGCAGAUUGUGGACAUCCCGGUCCAGCAAGAUCAGGUGGAGAUCGUGCAGGUCCCAAAGAUUGUCGAGCAGAGGCAAAGAACUGUCAUGCAUCACGUGGAAGAGGUGGUGGAAGUUCCUGUGCCGAUGACCCAGGAGGAGGUGGUCCAUGUGCCAGUCGUGAAGACCGCGACUCGCCAGCGCCAGGUGCAUGUUGAGGAGAUAGUGGAUGUCCCUGUGGUGCAGGAGCAGGUAGAGACUGUGCACGUUCCCAAGGUCGUGCAGCAGCGUCGCGUCUUUCAGAAACAUGUCGAGGAGGUGGUGGAGGUGCCGGUUCCCAUCAAUCAGGAGGAGGUCGUGCACGUCCCGAAAGUAAUGGAGCAGGAACGGGUAACAAACUUCCACGUCGAAGAGUGGGUGGACAUCCCAAUCGAGUCUCGCGUGGAGAAGAUCGUCCACGUUCCUGUCAUCCGCGAAGAGCAGAGAAUUGUUCAGAAUCCUGUGGAGGUUGUGGUGGAGGUUCCGCAGCCUCAAGUCGUGGUCAAGGUGGUGGAGGUUCCAAAGAUCACAGUGGAGGAGAAGAUCAUCAAGGUACCAAAAAUCACGCACACCGUGGUUGACACGGUGAUUCAGAACCAGCUCCAGGUAGUGGAGGUGGAGAAGCCGACGGUCGUGCACAAGACCGUGCAGAGGAAGAAACCCAUCAUUCAGGAGGAGAUUGUCGUCAUCCCAAAGACUGCCAAAAAAGCGCCGAAAGCCGCGCCUAAGCCUAAGAGUCGUCAAGCGGUGCAACCGGUGGAGCCCGAAGCCGCGUUGCCGUCAGAGCAAACCGCAGAGCCUCUGGCAGAGCCCGCGCAGACCAUGGCACCUGAGGAGCCAGCAUCCGAGCCCAUGGAGAUGGAACCCUACGAGCUGGAGGUGCCGCAGAUCGAAUGGAUCGACAACAUAGUGGAGGUUCCCGUUCAGAAGGUGGUUGAGGUGCCUCAGCCGAUGGUGGUCCAGAAGGAGGUUGAGGUGCCGAUCGUGGAAUACGUGGAUCAGGAAGUUGAGCUCCCCCAAGUAGCCCAUCGCCACGUUCCCAUGAUCAACGUCAUCCAGAAGACCGUGGAGGUGCCGCAGAUCGAAUAUGUGGACAACGUGGUGGAGGUGCCCGUCCAGAAGCAGGUGAUGAUUCCGCAUAUCCAAACGAUCCAGAAGCAGGUGGAGGUGCCGCAGAUGGAGUACGUCGACGAGGAGGUGGAGGUGCCCGUGCAAAAGUACCGACAUGUGCCCCAGGUGGCUGUCAAGCAGCACACCAUCGAAGUGCCUCAGGUGGAGUUUAUCGACGAGGAAGUCGAGGUUCCAACCCAAAAGCAAGUGCAUGUCCCAGUUGUCAGCACAAGCCAGAGAGCUGUCGAGAUCCCGCAGAUUGAGUACGUGGAUCGACACGUCCACAUUCCCAUUCAGAAGGCGAGGCAUGUCGGCGUGCAGAGCCAAGUGGAGAGGGCUGUCGAGGUCUCCGUGGUUGAGACUCUGGAAAAAGUGAUCGACGUGCCUGUUAUCAAGCAAGUGACUGUGCCAACCACGCAGACCAUCGAAAAGAUUGUGGAGGUGCCUUAUAUCCAGACCGUGGAGAAGAUUAUCGAGAUUCCAGUGGGCGGCGACACACAGACCGGUGUUACCAGAGUGGCGCAGGUGCAACUCGAGCCGAUUCGACAGAAGCUCGAUGAGAACGUGAUUCAGCAGGUUCUGGCCGGACCCCCUUUGCCGGCCGAAAUGCUGUCAGCGCAGGACUGA